GAUCAGUCGAGCAAUGGGGAACAUUCAUCGCCGAGGAAGACUGCGAGGAACACGUCCAGACUGACGACGCCCACCAAGAACAGAUCGUUCUCUCGAGGCUCGAGAUCUCCGAAUCUGAAGAGCCCUGAUUCGACGCCCAGCACUCCGGGGGCUUCCGAAAAGAAAAAAUUGCCAAUGAAUAAAAUUCAAGUGGGUUCCGCGCCUUCACCGAAUCUAAAGGUGAAGUCGAAGAUUGGAUCCCUUGCAAAUACCAGCUACAAACCGGGCGGUGGGAACGUCAAGAUUGAACACAAGAAGAUCGACCUUUCAAGCGCUCAUUCCAAGAUCGGUUCUAAGAACGAGCAUUACGUUCCAAGUGGCGGAGAAAAAAAGAUAAUAAGUCAGAAGCUGCAGUGGAGUGCAAAAUCUAAGAUCGGUUCUUUGGAGAACACCACGCACAAACCGAAAGGUGGUGACAAAAAGAUCGAAUCGAUCAAAUUGGAUUUCAAGGAUAAAGCAAAGUCCAAGGUUGGAUCCAAGGAUAACCUGAAACACGUCCCGGGCGGCGGCGAUAUAAAGAUCGAGACCAAGAAACUGCAGCUGAAAGUCGAGAGCAAGAUCGGAAGUCUGGAUAAUGUGAAGUACAAGCCCGGCGGCGGCGACAAGAAGAUCUUCGACGACAAAGAGUACCUGAGGCAAAUGUCCGCAUUGUCCAACGAAGAAGGCGGAUCUCAGAACUCGUUACCGUCCCAGCCGUCAGAUGCGAGAGAGCCCGUCUCCGAUGAGAACCUUAACAGAGAGAACUAAUUCAACUCUAAAAUCCAUGAUUCUACUUGAUUAAUUUUUAUCUUGUUGUUGCUACCAAAUAUAUUUUUCUAACUGUAACGACAUUUACAACAUCGUAGAGUCCACUUGUUUUUUGUUGUUGAUUUUUUUUUAUUAAUUUGUAUUUAAAGCAUGCACUAAAACUACAUUUA